AUGUAUAUUGAACUGUCUAUGUCUGUGGUCUAUACUGAUUUCAGUCAGUCACUAUAUAUUUUUGGACGCAGACACGUCUCGCACGUCUCGCCGCCAAAAUUCGUCAUACGAUACAUCUUUGUUAAAAGCAUGGCCGAAAACAACGUUCGUUUGUCUUCUCAGGAGAUCAUCGCCCUUGAAGAUCAGUACGGGUGCCGUAACUAUGAACCUGUGCCUGUCGUGCUAAGCCGUGGCGAAGGUGUAUUUGUAUGGGACGUCGAGGGGAAGAAAUAUUACGACUUCUUGAGCGCAUACUCCGCGGUAAACCAAGGUCACUGUCAUCCUAGGAUUAUUGCCGCCCUCAAAAAACAAGCAGACUCACUUACCCUCGUUUCCAGAGCUUUUUAUUCGGAUCAACUCGGACAAUUUGAGAAAAUGAUGACAGAGUUAUUAGGCUUCGAUCGUCUAUUGGCUAUGAAUACUGGCGUAGAAGGUGGUGAGAGCGCCUGUAAGAUAGCACGGAAGUGGGGAUACGAUGUUAAGAAAAUUCCUGACGGACAAGCAAAGAUUAUUUUCGCUGAAGGCAACUUCUGGGGCCGCACUCUUUCCGCUGUAUCGGCGUCGAACGACCCGAUGUGUUACAAAGGUUUUGGACCCUACAUGCCUGGUUUUAAGUUAGUGCCGUACAAUAAUAUUGCAGCUUUAGAGAAAGAACUUAAAGAUCCUACUGUAGCCGCUUUUAUGGUAGAACCGAUCCAAGGCGAAGCGGGCACUAUAAUACCUGACGAAGGAUACUUGAAAAAAGUAAGAGAAUUGUGCACAAAGUACAACGUGCUUUGGAUUGCCGACGAAGUGCAGACAGGCUUGGGACGUACCGGAAAAUUGUUAGCAGUACACCAUGAAGAUGUAAAACCUGACAUCCUCAUCCUUGGCAAAGCACUCAGCGGGGGAAUAUUGCCUGUCUCCGCUAUACUGGCUAACGACGACGUAAUGAACGUCAUUAAACCCGGUACUCACGGAUCUACAUAUGGCGGCAACCCCUUAGCUUGUGCAGUCGCCAAAGAGGCCAUCAAGGUUUUGCUAGAGGAGAAACUGACUGAAAACGCAGCGAAAAUGGAGACAGUGUUAAUCGAAGAGUUGAAGAAAAUACCAAAAAAUAAGGUUGUAGCCAUUCGUUGCAGAGGACUCAUGUGCGCCAUUGAUGUUCAUGAGAGUAUUUCAGCAAAAGAAGUUUGCUUAAGAUUUCGUGAUGCGGGUCUCCUCACAAAGACAACCCAUGGCCAGACGAUCCGACUUGCACCGCCACUUGUUAUCACAGAACAACAGCUUAGAGAAGGCGUCAGUAUCAUCCGCAAAGUGCUUGAGAGCUUCGAUUAA